UUUUCGUUCGUGCCUGGUCAGCCUAGGGGAGCAUGCGUGCGAACGAGAUUUGUGUUCGGUCGCUUGCUGCGUGCAUGCUGUAGGAAGGUGAUCUCUUGAAGAUGAAUUCGCACGAAAGUUCUAUUGACCCGAAUGAGGCCACAAGGCUGCUGAAGGAUAUUCUUCACGUGGGGAAAACGCCAUCUGUUUCCUCGGACGCUGCUAUGGCAGCCAACGGCAGUCUGGACGAAGCUCUUGGGGGCUACGGGGAUCCCUCGGAUGGUGCAGCAUCCGCUGGAAACCUCCUGGAGUCCAUUUUUCGUUCUAAGGAACAGCCACAGGAUACUCAACACCAGCAGCACAUAUGCCUUCAGGAUGAUGAAGAGGACGUCAGUGUAGACGUGUGUGGAACAGAAGUGCAAGUUGUUGUCAGUCGGCCACGGGAAAAUGCGAGCAGUAGCAACCGGGUAAAGAUAAAGAAUAUUGUUGACUACACCUGGGAUCUGAAGUAUAACUACGGAAAGCACAUUUGCCUGCAUAUGUCUGGAACAUACUUAGCAUAUGGUCUCAAAGCUGCAGCUUCCCCUGUGGGUGUAGUGCGGGUGCUGAACCUGAAAACAGGCGACCGCCUCCUUAUCAAAGGAUUCAGGGGCCAUAUUCGGGACAUGGCCUUUGCCCGUCUUGCAACCACAGUGCUGCUGGCAAUAGUGGAUGAGUUCGGGACACUCUGUGUGUAUGAAAUUCAUGAGAACACUACAACUCUUUUAUUGAAGGUUGAGCGCCCAACUGAUGAAGUGUCAAGUGAAUAUCGUCGCGUCGUGUGGUGUCCUUAUGUGCCAGAUGAUGGUGCAAGAGGUGGCAACAGUGCUGAAGACGACAACUCGAAAUUCCUAGUGGCAACGAACCACGAAGAGGCAGAAGUAUGGAAUGUUGGCCACAUAGAAAGUGAAGAUGGAUCGAGGACAUUGACUAUACCUCAAGUUCGUGCUGGUCUUCAGAGGAUCAUUGAGCACACAAAGCCAAUCAUUGAUGCUGCAUUUGCACCCGACGGCACAGCACUUGCCACUGCUGGUGCUGAUGGACAGGUGCGCUUCUUUCAAGUUUACAUGCAGGACCCUGAUGCAACACCCAGGUGCCUUCAUCGAUGGUCCCCACACAAUGAAAAACCAGUGACUUGCUUGUUCUUUUUGGACAAUCUGAAGGCAUGCAAUCCAGACACACAGUUCUGGAAGUUUGCGCUGACUGGUUCAGAUAGCAACACUGAACUGAAGAUAUGGAGCUGUGAAACCUGGGCUUGUCUUCAGACUAUUAGGUUCAUUGUGUCACCUGGAGAUGUGGCACCAUUGCCUGCAUUAAAGGUGGAAAUGGAUCCUUCAUCCUGUUACUUAGUAGUGUCCGACAUUCACAGAAAGGUCAUGUAUGUUGGCCAGGUACAACAAGACACCAAGGCAGAACUGGUGACUCUAGCUGCGUUUCCGGUGGUUCUGCCUGUUCUCAGUUUCACAGUGGUUGAAGCAGUGCGGUGUCGCUUCAAGCCAUCCACUGACACAGAGCAUGUUAAUCGCCUUGAUGCAGAGCCACAGGAUGCUGAUGGUGCAGAGGAGGAUCACAGCUCUGAGAAACUUCAGGAAGGCACAAUGGUGCGCCUGCAUUGGAUGACGACGAAGUCCAUUCAAGCCUGCCAUAUUGUAUAUCCUACUAAGGCUAUUUCUACUGGGCUAUCAUCUGCAGUUUCUCUUAGCACGCUGUCGCAACACUCUGCAGUGUCUGGCUGCACAGACCACUUGUCUGAUAUUAGUGCUGAUGCUGACGAUGAUGAAAGGGCUGGGAAAAGUGAGCGUAAUUGUGAUACUCCCAGCAGCAAAGCGAAGGAAGGUAGGGACGAUGAGUCAAGUUUUGCGGCAGCCAAACUCCUGCUCAAGCCAAGUGAUUUUGUGUCCCCAUCAAGCACUUCAACUUCCUUGACGCCUUGUACUACAGCUGCAUCCACUAACACUGACCCACUGCCACCCACCACAUCUCCAGGCGAGAGUACUGAUCCAUCAACACCAGUGCCAAGUGAGCUGUGCACUAUUCCAGUGGCAGCUUCACUCCCCUCUCCAGGAACAAGCACUAGUGCUCUAGACCUGUCGCGAAAAGGGGUUGUUGAAGAAACUGCAGCGUUCACAGCCAUGUCUGCUACAGCCAAUGGGCAUUCUGAAGCAGUCUGUGAACUGUCAGAGCCACCUCAGCGCAAGUUGUCCCAGAGAAGCACAGCCAGUUCAUCAAGUCAGGAGGUUGCUGACAUCAUGGCUCCUGCAGAGAGGCUUGCUAAUGCUGUAGAUAGCUCAGAUGAGGAUGAUGAUGAUGAGGAGGAGUUGGAGCCAGGCCUGGGGUAUGACUCUGCAGCUGAAGACUUGCACUCUGCUGCACCUGCGCCUACAGCUGGCGAUCCUUCUAUCUCGGCUGCAUCCACGUGCAAGAGCCAGGAAGUCCAGGAUGGUGGUGCAUGGCCUCAACCCCCAGACACCGCUAAAGCAUUCCACACUGUUACACCAACCACACUGUGCAAGCAUGCGGCAGGAGGUGAUGCACCUCAUGUUGCAGAGAAAAGCGCUGCCCAUGCAAUGGGCGAGCUGGAGCUUGUGAUCUCUCGGCUUGCAGAGGAAACUACCGCACUUUCAAAGACUGUAAAUUCUCUGAGCUCUCAAUUUCGUGAACACCAUACAGUGCUUGUGAAGUUGCAAGAAGGACAGUUGUAUUGGGAUGGACUGCUAUCGUCCCUCAUGGCUGAAACCAGGGCAAACCUAGGUUCUCUGGGGGCUGUAGAAGCUGCCAUUACUCGGCUAAGUGAAGCACAGAAGUCUGGCAUUGAUAAACAAGCAAGCAUUGUAGCCCAGAGCUUGGCCACCAUGCUUGGCUCUCACCUCGAAAAAUCCAUUGCCAAUGAAUUCAAGAACUCUGUUGUCCCAACUGUGACAAAGGUUAUUGAAACAACAAGGUGUGAAAUUUCUAGGAGGCUCGAGACGACUGAAGCAGUGAUCAGAGAUACCAUUAUCAAAGCAGUCAAAAGCAAGAUGAUGGCUGAUACCGUAGCUCAAGCUAUUGGUGCCUCAGUACAGUCACACGUUCAAGGGGCGUGUCGUGAGAUUUUACAAAAUACCCUGAUUCCAUCAAUAGACCGCAUCUGUCAGAACUUGUUCCUGCAGCUCAACGAGACCUUUCAGAAGGGCACCCGUGAGUUUCUCCAUCAAUCUCAACAGCACAUUGAAAAGCAGGGUGAAGCUCGUGCUUCUGAAACCAUGAAGAAUGUCGAGUCAAAUGUGGACCGCAGCCUACAGACCUUUUUACGCGACCACAAAGCUGCACUGGUUCCUCCAGAUUUUCGAGCUCCUCUUGAUGAGGUUGUGACAAGUGCUCUGCACAACCUAAAGGCAGGACUUCUACAGGCAUUGGCUGGGCAACAGGAGAUGCUUGUGAACAAUCUGAGAGAAGAGAUGCAUGGUGCACUGAAAGAGACUGUAGCCGCAGCUGCAUCUGAGGGAAUAGGAAGUCGCUCCAAUAUGAACACACCGGUGCCUAUUGCCGACCCCCAUCUUGUGCUGCAGCAGAUUACUCUUCUAGUGCGUCAGGGCCAGUAUAAUAUGGCUUUUCAGCAGGCACUGUCUGUGGCCGAUCUGUCUACAGUUGUGUCUACAUGUGAGAUGGUGUCCCCUGCUGUUGUAUUUGGCCAGCAUCCAUGUCCUUUACAACAGCCAGUGCUGCUUUCGCUCAUCCAGCAGUUGUGUGCAGACCUUGGAGCCAGCACUGAAAUUAAGUUGAAGUACCUUGAAGAGGCUGUGCUUAGCCUGGACAAAGAAAAUGCAGUUACAAAAGAACACAUGAAAGCCAUCCUGACUCAGCUGUGCCAGAAGCUCAACAAGUUCCUCGCAGGAACACCUCUUCAUGACAUGGGACGCAUGGCCAAACGUUUGCUGAUGGUCACUCAGAGCUCUCUUGCCUGCUAGCUUCCAGUCACUGUGUGUGGCAUCUUGGGGAAACCACAUGGUUCAUUUCAGACACUUGUGGCUGAGGUGCAGUGAAGUUUUUGUAGUUUGCCAUACCUGGGCAAGUGCUGUGAGAGCACCGAUUACUGUGGCUAGAAUGAUGGAAGUAUGCACAAUUGUGCAUGCAGUAGCGCACAGAUUUGGGUCUGGUGCUGUAGAAUGUUGUUAAGGGUGUUCUGGGGACCACCCACUGUUUAACACCUCCCCUUUUUUUUUCCCCGUUGUUUUCUUUCAUUGGAAGGGAGGAGGAAGGCUGUCUCCUGUUCAAACAUCACACUUUCCUUAGUGUACAACCAACAGCAGUCUAUGCAUUAUUUAUUACCUGCAGUAUCCAAGACAGUUUGUGUAUUGACGUUGCUUUUAGCAGUUUUCCCUCUAUGUGUGCUUUCUGUACAAAUUUUAUAAACAGUUUGAAAAGAGUGUUCUACUGCUCCCCUUUUAAAAACAGUGUGGCAGAAUGCAGGUAUAUGCUGUAAUCAAUUUUUUCAAAGUUGGACUGUUCACAGGCCAUGUGCUGUGCUACACAGCACAUGUGAUGAAAAUAUUGCCCCUUUUUAUUUCCCAAAUUUUCACCUCUUUGUGCAGCAUUUCUCUUCCCUCCCUCUUCCCUCAAGUUUCCACUUAAAGCAGAAUGUGUCAUCUUUUUUCAGUUACAUACAAAUUUUAAAAGUUGUUGAUUCACUUUUCCCUCACUGUAACAAUGUUCUUGCAUUUCAUUUGACACUCCUUGUAUUGUUCACUGAGUGAUUUGUUUUGUAGAUUGCAGAGAAAUAAAUGCUUUCUAUUUAUUCAA